CACCAGAGCACUGAGGCCAUUGUAAAGUUGUACUUCCUCUAGUGCUCUCUAUACACUCUAGCUUCUGCUUCACUCAGACGAAACCAUGAGCCUCAGCACCACAAGCAGUUACACCUCAACAGAAAGCACAAACAACUCUUCCCUCUCUGACUCGCCCCACAGAAUCGCCCUGAUCACUAUCUACACAGUGGUGCUCAUGGUGGGCAGCGUGGGCAUUACUGUCAUGGUGAACAUGCUAAAAACCAACCUGCGCUCAUGGACCACCAUCGCCUUUCUAAACUUGCUUUUGGCCCAUUUCAUAUUCAUGCUCACCAUCCCUUUCCGCAUCCACUACUCUGUGACCAACAAUUGGACGUUGUCCCAACCCUUCUGUAAAAUGGUCAGCGCCAUGAUCCACCUGCACAUGUAUCUGGUCUUUGUCAUCUACACGGUCAUCCUCACCAUUCGUUUCCUGCAGCACUUCAAGAAAAUAGAUCGAAUGGAGUUCUACCGGAGGCUUCAUGCCUUGGCAGCUAGCGUUGGUAUAUGGUCUGUUCUAAUCAUCGUUGGCCCGAUCAUCUUAAUUCACUAUGGCAAAGAUGGCACAAACGUUGGUGGAAGAAAUGUGAGCAAAUGUUUCAAUUUUGGAGGGGCCAUAAAAGAAUCAGCAUCAGCAUUAGCCUUGAACAUUUUUUUGUCGGUUGUCAUCAUCCUUGUGUCAUGCAUGCUGAGCUGUGCACUUGGAGUCAUUUUGUAUUCAAUAAUCAAGAAGCAUGGGGCAGCUUGCCGGGACCAGCAGGAGUUCUGGGCCCAGAUGAAGAGCGUCAGCCUCAUCCUCAUCAUCUUCACCUGCCUGGUGCCGUACCAGCUGUUCCGGUUGUACUAUCUGCACAAUCCUGAGAGUAUGCAGGAGGAUAAUGAAGUAUUUCUAGCCAUCACCACUCUUACCUGCAUUGACAUGUUGCUCACUUUCGCAGGGAAAGGAAUAUGUUACAUGUGUAAAUGUUGACCUCAGGAAACACCCUUUUGAGCUUAUUGCCCAACUACUGCGGAGAACAGAAUGCAUUAGUCAUGGCAGUCAUGGUUUACUGAGGGGAGAUGAUGAACAAACUGCUUGAACAACCAAAGCUUUAGAGAUCUGCUCUGUUCAUAUUGGUCUUUCCUUAUAGAUCUUCUCCGGAGACAAGACAAGCAUUUGACGUUAGGGGAAGUUUUUCUCGAACACCAUUCAGAAGGACAAGCCAAAAAAAUCUCACACCUAAAACUGCUGAUGUGGCCAAGUAAUGCAACAACAAUGUGGAUGAGCUGUCAGUGGACUGGUAUUCAUUUCUUGCUAGCAAUGAGUGCAUAUUGUGAUUAAAUGGUCCUUUAAGUUAAGACAUGGAGGAGAUUUCAAACGUGGCAUUAAAAAAGGCUUGAUGACCUUUAAUUAAGGGCUCAUAUCUUUCUUUUUUCUUGUAUUUUAUUUUUUCACCCGAGCUCCUCUUAUGACAUUUGUGUGCAUUUCUGACAAAAAACAGCCAUAGGCCUUUUUUACAUGACCACUUUUUCUUUCACAUAACCUCUCUUUAUCAUUUAAAAUGAAAGAAUCAAAGCCUCUAAAUAGGCUGUUGAUUUGUUUCCAUCUUUAACACGGAAAUAUGUAAAUUACCUCUGUUAUGAUUGGCUGCCCUCUAUUGCACUUUGCUCAGAAAGCAGAACAGGCUGAAAUACAUCUUAUAUCUUCAAUGAGGAGUGGUGCUAAACUACUGUAUACACAGAAAAAAAGGUACUAAACUGUCACUGGGGUGGUACCCUCAAAGGUUAGUCUUCAGUACCUUUAGUUUGGGAACAUAAUUGUACUAUAAUCCAUGUAAUUGUAUUGUCUUGUCCUCUGCCUCUUAUUUUAUUGUUCUGCUUUAAAACAUUAGAUUGUGAAAAGGUAAAAAUACACUUUUCCUGUGGGAGAAACAUAUUUAAGAUACACAACUGGACCUUAAAACCAGUGUUGUACCUUUGAGGGAACAUUUACAUUGUUUGUACUUUGAUGAAUGAAAAAUGUACCUGCACGGCAGUGUGUGUCUGGCAGUGUUGACUGAAUGACCAAAUAUUUCACAAAAACAUUUCAAAACAGAAUAUUUUCCAGUUUAGUUUCCUUUGAGUGGGGAGUGAAUAGUAUGUUUUUAAAUAUCAGUGUACCUAUAAUACAUUUAACUUUUGUUGUAUUUAAUUAAUAAAAGAAAACUGAAAGAGGAAGGUGUUUCAAAUGUGACAUAAACGGUAUGUUUGAUCUUAAAAGGGAUUUGGCGCCAUCUGCUGUAUAGAAAGGGAAAUAGCAAGAAACUGAAGGGUGAAAUAUGAGGGUUUUUUUUUAACACAUAUGAAAUAAAAGUCUUUGACACUGAA